UCAUUCCUUACUUUCACUUCAAGGUAGCUUUCCGUGGCCUUGAUACGCUCAUUUGUGAGUUCUUGUGCGUCUUUGCGACCAAUUUCUUAAAAGAUGGCUCCAAAAAUCGAAAAACUGACUGAAAGUUUCCGUUUGGGUGAAGGUCCUCAUUGGGACAAAGCGACACAAAGCCUCUACUUCUUGGACUGUAUUUCGCAGAACCUUGUCAGGUAUGACCCGGCAACGAAGAAGGUCACGAAAGCAUCAGCUGCCCCAAAACAACCCACUUUUAUAAUUCCCGUGGAAGGCAAAAAAGGUCAGUUUAUUAUUUCUUUGAACAAGGAACUAGCGAUUAUAUCGUGGGACGGUGAAAGUGACAAGUUCUCAAUCGUCGAGAAAUUGUGUGUUGCGGAUGAUGCACCAGAAACCGCUAAUAAUAAAUUCAAUGACGGGAAAUGCGACUCUUCGGGAAGACUGUGGGCUGGGACCCUCAAUAUUGAUAAAGAAGAUGAAGAUAAAACUCUACCAGUGGGGACUCUGUACAGUUUUGAUUCUAAAAGGCAGUUGAAAGGGCAAGUUAGCAAAGUUCGGCUAACAAAUGGGAUCGCUUUUAAUGAUAAAACGAAAAAAAUGUUUUACAUAGAUACGCUAAAGGGUUCAGUUGAUCGGUUCGACUUUGACGUUAUUAAUGGGACUAUAACUAAUAGACAAGCCUGGUUUACACUGGCGAAAAAUAAUGUUCCUGGGAAACCAGACGGGAUGACUAUAGAUACAGACGGGAAUUUGUGGGUGGCUGUGUUUGAAGGGGCUCGAGUUAUUAAAGUUGACGGGAAUAAAUCUGAAACGUUGUUAGAUACGAUUGAGCUGCCAGCACAACAGGUAACGUCCGUUUCAUUUGGUGGUCCAAAUCUAGAUGAAUUGUACGUCACAUCUGCUUCAUUUGAAUACAAAGGACGAACUCCACCACCACCUGAUAAUGGAGCUUUGUACAAGAUUACAGGAACUGGGUCCAAAGGACUGCCUGCUAACAAUUUUAAGCUGGCAUAAAAAUGAAAACUUUGCAACCGUUGUAUGUCUAAAAUAAAAUAAAAACGCAAUUGUUUCUUUCGUUUA